UGUAAGAACAUUUCCGACCUAUCAACUGCAUCAAGAGAGGUUGUUUGCUGUAUAACUGCUGAUAUAAGUGCAUCAUUAUGCUUUUACUAGACAGMAUCGUCUUAUUUAUUUGGGAUUUAAAGGUAGAUCAAACGUAAACCUGCUCAGAGAGAAUCGGAGAAAGAGGCGGUCUAUAUGGAGUGACGUCAGGGGGUGGAAUUGCAACAUGGAGCCAAGGGCAGGACUGUGGGAGAAGAGUUCUCAAUGGAAAGAAAGCCAAUGAAUACUUUCAGAGAGAGACGUGGACGCUCCAAUUGAAAGUCAAGGACAGCAAUUCUGGAUAUUUACUCAAACUUGGAAGGGACCCACUUUAACUCAUAUUUAAACACAAGAUGACUGACUAACUCGGAGUGGGAUUAUGURUCUUUCGUUUUUUUAGGAGAUGUCCCAUGAUUUCAUUUUGCACCAACAACUGGAGUCGAUGGGCGCCACUAAAGUGAAAAGUUGCUUACAGUUGUUUUAGUUAGUUGUAAUGCUAUUMAAGUGUACCAGUCUACGUCUCUCGGGAUGAGUUCUCUUAAGGAGAAAGUUUUUAAAGRUAAGGCGUGAUCAAAUUUCCUGAAAUUAGAGUGUGUUAUCUUGGGAUGACUGCAGCUGUCUCUUGGUGGAGUAGGCAAAUUCUCAAUUAGAUCCGCGCUAUUGGCAACAAAGAACAUAUUUUCUCUAACGCUGAAGUUUCAUUGUGUAACCCUGAAAAAUCGUUACAAUUACAAGUGAACAGUUGUUUUUUAUUUUUUCGGGAAGGCUGCAAAGACCUUAUGACGAAAUGGAAUUGUGAAUCGUGUCGUUUGGCAAACAAAGGAUGUACAGACCCUCUCUCGGAUUGAUUGACGCUGAACACAUACAUCGAAACKUUUGCAAGAAAUGGAGGAGGGAAUCCAAAUCCACAUUAUAGUGGACAAGAUGUUUGCAACAUGACUAAAACUGUCCGGGUAUUCUGAGGGACGUUUUGGCUCACCCUAUUUCCAGAAAGAACCAGGCCAAUUUAUACUACACACACAAUUCCCUGCCUCCUGCGCUACUUGAUAUUAAUAUAUUAUUUUCUUUGCCAAUGCUACAGUAGCCUAAUUAUCUUGGAAUAUAUUUUGAAAAUGAGGUUAUGUGCGGUUGCUUUGUUGCAAUUGUUAUUUGUUUUGCUACUCGGAGGCGAUGGCUCUGCGGUAUCAUCUGACUGUAAAUCAUAUGAUGAACGUUCAAAAAGCGCAGGGAAAAGCACACCGUCAGUGGCCACGGCGGAUAGGAAAGUGGUCUGCAGUAAUAUGGAACUCCAUCAGGUGUUACCCCCGGACUCCUUCCCCAACAGAACAGUCACUUUGAUUUUAAGCAACAACAAAAUUCAGGAAUUGAGYAAUGGAUCCUUCAUCGGGCUGUCAACUUUGGAAAGAUUGGACAUGCGGAACAACAUCAUCAGCCGUAUCGAACCGGGGGCUUUUCUUGGAUUGCUCGCACUCAAAAGACUAGACCUGUCCAACAAUCGCAUUGGCUGCCUCAACGUGGACAUAUUCAAAGGCCUCACAAGUCUAGUUCGAUUAAACCUUUCAGGAAACAUGUUUUCAUCGCUGGCCCAAGGGACGUUUGACAGCUUGGUGUCAUUGAAGACUUUGGAGUUCCAGACGUCGUACCUGCUGUGCGACUGCAACCUGCUGUGGCUGCUGCACUGGAUCAAAGACAACAACGUGGGGGUGAAGGACACCAGCUGCUCCUACCCCCGCUCCCUGCAGGGCCAGCUCAUCACCUCCACCAAGCCUGAGCUGUUCACCUGUGAUGCACCCCUGGAACUGCCUUCCUUCCAGCUGACUCCGUCCCAGCAUCAAGUCGUGUUCCAGGGCGACAGCCUGCCCUUCCAGUGCCAGGCCUCGUUCGUGGCGGAGGACAUGCAGGUGCUGUGGUACCAGGACGGCCGCAUGGUGGAGCCCAAUGCAGCACAGGGCAUCUUCAUCGAGCAGAGCAUGGUACAGAACUGCUCCCUCAUCGCCAGUGCGUUGACCAUCUCCAACAUCCAGCCCGCUUCAACGGGGAACUGGGAGUGUCGUGUGAGGACCAGCCGAGGGAACACCACCCGUACCGUCAAGAUUGUGGUCCUGGAGAGCUCCGUAAAGGAAUGCCCACCCGACAGAGUGUCCAACAACAAGGGAGACUUCAGAUGGCCUCGUACCCUAGCAAGCAUCACAGCCUACCUGCCCUGCAACAAGCUGGCGUCGGGCACGGGAAUCUACUCUGGCUCGGUGGGUGAGGAGCGGCUUGCGUGGCGGCGUUGUGACCGUGGGGGCCUGUGGGCRGAGGACAACUACUUCCGCUGCCAGUACCAGAAAGACGUGACUCGCUUCCUCUACAUCAUCAACCAGAUGCCUCUGAACAUGACCAACGCGGUGAUCACGGCCCGCCAGCUGCUCGUCUACACAUUCGAGGCCGCCAACUUCUCAGACAAGAUGGACGUCAUCUUCGUGGCCGAGAUGAUCGAGAAGUUUGGCAAGUUUGCCGAGAAAUACAAGGAGUUGGGGGACGUGAUGGUGGACAUCUCCAGUAAUCUGAUGCACGCUGAUGAGCGGGUGCUGCGGCUGGCUCAGCGCGAGGCCAGGGCCUGCUCCCGCAUCGUGGAGUGUCUCCAGAGGAUCUCUGUACACCAGCUAGCCAGCGGAACCCAGGCCUACUCCACCAAUUCCCAUAACAUCGCCCUGGAGGCCCACGCCAUCAAGGCGAGCAGCUUCAAUGGCAUGACCUGCACACUGUUCCAGAAGCUGAUGCCUGAACGCAUCGCUCUCCGAGACCUGGGCCCACGCAUCGACCUGGACGGCAACCCUGACCGCCAGCUCAGCUUCAAGUGUAACGUCACCAGCACCRUGUCCAGCCUCUCUCUUAAGAACACCAUAGUGGAGGCGUCCCUGCAGCUCCCCCCAUCUCUGUUCUCUCAGUACCUGGGCCAGGCUGACGACAACGUCUACAAGCUUCACCUGCUGGCCUUCCGCAACGGCAAGCUCUUCCCCUCCACGGGCAACUCCACCCUGCUGGCUGACGGGGGGAAGAGGAGGAACGUGGCCACCCCCGUUCUCCUGGCCAAGAUUGGUGAGUCCGACAUGGACCCCACUUUAGUAGAGAGAGAAGCCAGUAGAUCGGACGCCGUGCCCGCCUGCUGGAACUUCAGCCUGCUGGGCGGGCAGGGUGGCUGGCAGAGCGAGGGCUGCCGUGUCCUGCGGCACCAUGACAACUUUACCACGCUCUCCUGUGACUCGCUCAGCAACUACGCCGUGCUCAUGGAUCUUACUGGGGUGGAGUAUUUCUCUCCCAGCAUUGAGCCUCUCCACCCAGUCCUCUACGCCACAGCUAUCGUCCUCCUGCUCUGUCUGCUGGCCAUCAUCAUCAGCUACAUCUACCACCACAGGUCUGUCCGGAUCAGCCGUAAGUUCUGGCACAUGCUGGUCAACCUCUGCCUCCACAUCUUCCUCACCUGCGGCGUCUUCGUGGGUGGCAUCAACCAGACGCGUUACGCCAGCGUGUGCCAAGCUGUGGGCAUAGUUCUGCACUACUCGACCCUGGCCACAGCUCUGUGGGUGGGCGUGACUGCACGCAACAUCUACAAGCAAGUMACCCGCAAGGCCAAGCACUACGAAGAGCUGGACGAGCCCCCGCCCCCUCCACGACCCAUGCUGAGGUUCUACCUAAUAGGCGGAGGGAUACCGAUCAUCGUCUGUGGCAUAACCGCAGCCGCCAACAUCAAGAACUACGGUAGCCAGACCAACGCACCAUAUUGCUGGAUGGCGUGGGAGCCCAGCCUGGGGGCCUUCUACGGCCCCGUCGGCUUCAUCGUCUUCGUGGACUGCAUGUACUUCCUUAGCAUCCUCCUCCAGCUGCGCCGCCACCCCGAGCGCCGCUACGAACUCAAGGAACCCGCCGAGGAGCAACAGCGGCUGGCGGUAGCGGGCAGCGAUGCCGGAGACAUACCGGCCACACUCCUCCACCUCCAGUCCCACGACGCCUCGUCCUCUACGGUGUCGGCUCCCCAUGCCGUGUCCCUGUCAGCGCUGGAGAACGAGCAUACGUUCGCACUGCAGCUCCUUGGCGCGGCGGUUGCUCUGGGGCUCUACGCGUCGCUGUGGGUGUUUGGCGCCAUGGCCGUGUCCCAGGAGAGGCCGGCCGACCUGGUGUUCUCCUGCCUGUUUGGCGUUGCGGCGCUGGCUCUYGGUGGCUUUUUGAUGGCACACCACUGCGUCAACCGCCAGGACAUGAGGCGCCACUGGGCCCAGGCCUGUUGCCCCGAGAGACGGGCCUACUCGGCGCAGGAGGACGCCCUGCUGCCWCUGCCGGGGGCAUCCACGGCGUCCGCGGCUGGGUCGGUUGGUAGGGGCAACGAUGAUGCGGCCAAGUGUGCCCAUAGCAGCGCAGAGUCAUCCUGCACCAAUAAGAGUGGCCCCAGUGUGCGAAACUCCACCCAGGGAAGUAAACUGACCAAUCUGCAUGCAGAGGCAGCGCUGAACAAAUCCUUGCCCCUACUAGCCCUGCCCGCCAAUGGGGCAGCCAUGCUGGACAACAGCCUGACGGAGCACUCGGUGGACAAUGAGAUCAAAAUGCACGUGGCGCCCGUGGAGGUGCAGUUCCGSCCCAACAACAACAAUCCUGCCACCAACGGACCCACGAGCCGGCAUCACAAGAACAGGGCGCGGGCCCACCGGGCCAGCCGACUCACUGUGCUGCGCGAGUACGCCUAUGACGUGCCCACCAGCGUGGACGGCAGCGUGCAGAGCGGCCCCCACAGGCGGCAUCGCCACGAACACCACGACAGUCAGCAGGCGCGGUGCAGCCGACGGGCAGRCUACAUGGCCUACAGGGAGCGCCACCAGAGCCAGACGCAACAGGACAGCAGCGACGCCAGCACGUCCCUYCCCCGACGCUCGCGCUACACCGACAAGGGAGGGGGCAGCACUAGCGCCCUAGGCAACGGGGCUAUCGGAGUAGUGGGAAGUGGGAGUGUAGGAUCAACAGUAGGAACAGGUGGAGAAGGAGGAGAAGGUGAGGGGGCUGGGACUUCUGCGUCCGUUACGAGUAAAGACAGUAGUAGCAUAAAGCAGCCCAAUAACACAGAGCUGGUGGACGGCCAGCCCAAGUCGUACGGGCUCAACCUGGCUACACAAAACGGCACGCUCAAAAACAAUGGGCAGAUCAUGCCUAUAAUCAACACAGAGAGCUCGUGCUCAGCCAACAUAAAAACUGGACUAUGGAAACACGAAACUACUGUGUAGUGUGUUUUCUGCACCAAAGGCUGCAUGUCACGUGCGCUCUCCCUUCAACUGUGAAAUUUUUGUUUCUAUCUUUGUUUUUUAUGGUACAAUGUUUCAAAAAAAUUGUCAUUGAAAAAAAUAUAUCUUCAAAAUAGUCAACACUAUUUUGAGUUUGUGAACGUGUGRGUUUUGGAUGCCACUGGUCUGUCUCUGUAGUAGACAUUUUGUAAAUGUUUUAUUUUUAUAUCAUUUAAUCCUAAUUAAAUGAGUUUUGGACYUGAAACUGCAUGUUCUGUGCCGUUGCCUAGUGUGUAUCCACUGGCCUGGUUCUUUUUUAUUUUCUAGUUUGUUUCAGUSUAAUAAACCAAACGUUUCUAAUUCCA